AUGACGGAUGCACCAACUAUGAUGCAGAACAAAUCCGAAAUGUCUUUUCAAUCAAGGCAGAAACUCAGUCCAAGAAUAGACCGACCUAUAAUCGGGAGAUUUUCCUAUCCAAAGAGGCAAAGUUUACCACAAGCCCGAUAUCUUGAAGUUCGAGCGAAAAUCACCAUUAGCGUUAGAAGUUACGAGAUGUUUGGCUAUUUAAGUGAAAGGUUUCUAAUGUUCUUUCUUAGUGAUGGUGCUUCUGAAAUAGCAAAUUUAGUUAGAAAUGAAAAAGUUUUCCUCACACCACUUUUUCUUGGCGGUAAAGAAGUUUACGAUACUACGUACACCACCUCUCCAAGACCUAAAACAAAAGGAAACGAAGGAAACGUUGCUAAAGUUCAUAUUCGUAAAGCUAACAAAAAAGCCUGUUUAUUCUAG